UGUCAAGCCAUGUUCUAUGCAGCAUGCCAGCACCUUGAUCGUGAUCCAUGCUCAUGGAGUUGGUCUGAUGGUUGCUACGCUAUUACCAAAUGCACGCGGGCGUCGGAAGGAGACUGAAAUCUGGCAGAAUUGACUCGAUGGACUCUGCCACCAGGAUAUAAAGGGGAGAUGUGCCUACUGAGGAAUCUUCAGGAUUUGCCCUGUCACCAUUCCUUCAUCCCGACAUUCUCGCCUUUGACUCAUCUGCCACAGAGAAGAUCUGAUACACACCGCCGAGAUGGCUCAAGGCUUUUUUGAACUCGGCGGACGCCAGUUUCCCGCCGUAACAUGGUACAAAGACAAGGCUUUGAGGAAAUACUACAUCAUUUUGAUGUUUGUCGUCCUCACCAGUGCCACGAACGGAUAUGAUGGCUCCAUGAUGAACGGUCUUCAGACACUUGACCCCUGGAAGGACUAUUUCCAUCACCCCAGAGGAGGAAAGAUCGGUAUCCUCAACGCCAUCAUGUCGAUCGGUUCCCUCUCGGCCAUUCCGUUUGUUCCAUAUGCUGCCGAUUUUCUAGGUCGACGCGCAGGUAUCCUUCUCGGGUGUCUUAUUAUGCUUGUUGGUGUUGUCCUGCAAUCCAUUUCUACCAAUUUCGGCAUGUUUUUAGGUGCUAGAUACCUCCUUGGUUUCGGGAUUGCCAUCGCACACGGUGCAUCGCCUCUGCUUAUUACCGAGCUGGUCCACCCUCAACAUCGAGCCAUUUUUACCACCAUCUACAACACAACCUGGUAUGCAGGUUCCAUUGUUGCAGCCUGGCUCACCUAUGGCACUGACCGCAUUCCAAACAACUGGUCAUGGCGAAUCCCCACCAUUGUUCAAGCAGUACCGUCCUUGGUCCAGAUCUUCUUCAUCUGGUUCGUUCCCGAGUCUCCACGUUGGCAUAUUGCACACGGAAAGGAGGAGAAGGGUCUCGAGACCUUGGCAAAGGUCCACGCCAAUGGUAACGUCAACGAUGAACUUGUUCAGGUUGAGUACAUUGAAAUCCGCGACACCAUCCGUAUGGAGAAAGAGAACGAAUCAAACGGCUGGCUCCAAUUGGUCAAGACCAAGGGAAACCGACGUAGAUUGAUCAUCCUGCUCAGUGCUGGCCUCUUCUCACAGUGGUCUGGUAAUGGUCUUGUGUCCUACUACAUUUCCAAGGUAUUGGACGACAUAGGCUACACAGAGAGCUUGACCAAGAAUUUGAUCAACGGUGUCCUCCAAAUCUUCAAUCUGAUCACUGCGGUGACAGCUUGUUUCUUUGUCGACAAGGUCGGCCGUCGCAAGCUCUUCCUCACUUCUACAGCCGGUAUGCUGAUAACCUUCAUCGUUUGGACAAUUUGUUCCGCCAGAUACAACAUCACUCGCGAUAAGUCAGCGGCCAAUGCAGUGGUUGGCAUGAUUUACAUCUACUACUUCUGGUACAACAUUGCAUGGUCUGGCAUGUUGGUCGGAUACACUGUCGAGAUCCUCCCCUACAAUAUUCGCGCUAAGGGUCUCACUGUCAUGUUCUUAAUGGUCGACAUUGCAUUGUUCUUCAACCAAUAUGUCAACCCGAUCGCCUUGGACCAUAUUGGAUGGAAGUACUACAUCUUCUACUGCGCCUGGCUUGCCAUCGAAUUGGCUGUUGUGUACUUCUUCUACGUUGAAACUCGCAACACGCCUCUCGAGGAAAUCGCCAAGCACUUCGAUGGUGACCAUGCCAUCGUAGGUGGUGGUGCUGCCACCGAGAAGGGAUUGAGCCUUGCUACCGAUCUUGGCCUUGAUGGCACCCUUGCUCACACUACAAACCUGGAUGAGAAGAGACGUGGCGUUGAGAUCGAGACUCUACCCGAGGAGAGGAAGAACGUCUAAGUAGACCCCUGCGUUCUGUCGAAUUGGGAUGAUGAUCAUCAAUGUCGAUGUUAGGCCGUUUCUGCCAACACAACUACAUUUGCAACAGCAGGGCAGGUGCCAGCUGGGCUGGGCCGCCUACUACAUGGGCUGAGGCUGUUUCUCUCCUCUGCUUUCCUCUCUUUCAGAUUUAGCUAGUAAGACAAUACUUCUCGACAGUCGGCACCGGCCAAGCACCGAC